AUGAGAACUUUUAGCCAAAUCUUUAGCAUCUGCCUGUUAUUGCUGCUGCUGCUGGUGGGCAGUGCGCCGCCGCCGGCUUGGGCACAGGAUGAAUCGCUGGCGGGCAGCUUUCUGUCCGGGCUGCUGGACACAAUCACCAGCACUGCGGAUGCCAAGGAUUGCCCCGGCGUCUGUGUGCACACGCUGGCCACGCUCAUCUGCUACGAGGUGCUCGACGAUGUGCCCUGCCCCUCGCCCAGCAUGAAGUGCUGCAUAGAGAAUGCGCCAGGCAAAAAUGCAACCGCCGCCACGACGCCGAGAAUAACCACAAGCACGACUGGCAGCAGCAGCACCACGCAGCGCAGCACCACGCCCGCGACCAGCAGCAGCAGCACCACCAGACGCACCACGACCACGGCCAGCACUACGGCCAAGCCUAAGCCAAAGCCGCAGCCGAAGCGUCCGGCUGCCAGCCCGGCGCCGCCCGCCAGCUCCACAACGAGAAAGCCCGCGACCACCAAAAAGUCCACCACGGGCAAGCCCAAGGACAAGGAAGAGGCCACCAAAACCGAGGAUGAGAACAAGAACUGCACGGGCGUCUGCGUGGCGGAUCGCAUUGCUGAAUAUUGUGAGGCCUAUUUGACCAGCGGCGGGCUCUGCAAGGAGGGCACCAAGUGCUGCGUCUCGCUGGACGAAUACGCGAAUGGCAAGCUGCCCAAGGACAUCUACAUACCGGCCAAGCACAUGGGCAACCUGAAGAGCAAUCAGACGCUGGUCAAGACCGCGGCCACCAAGUCGAGCAGCACCAGCAGCAGCACCAGCUCGACCACGACGACCACGUCGACCACAACCACCAGCACCACGCCCGAGCCGGCGCGCACCAAGACCAACAACAACAACAACAACAACCAGAGCAAGCUUGGCAAGCACAAGAAGCCCACAACGACCACCACCACCACAACAGAGGCUGCCGCCGAGGAGGAGGAGGAGGAAGAGGAGGACGACGACGAGCAGGAAGAAACCCAAAGCACAAGCAACAACAACAAUAAGUUGAAAUCCGGCCAGAAUCAGGGCCAGGUGCUGAAGGAGUGCGAGGGCGAGUGCAUGAACGGCAUCUUUGCCAUAUUCUGCGAUGACAUCGAUUCCGAGGCCUUCUGUCCCGGCGAGGGCAGCUGCUGUGUGACGGGCAGCGCCUCCGAAGCGGCGCCCGCCAAGACGCCAGCGCCCAGCAAGCCCGCGACCAAGAUUGCCGCCAAGCCAGCGGCCAAGCCAGCGCGUCCCGCCGCGCCGGCUCCGGCACCAGCAGCCGCGUCACCCGCACAGUCUGGCGGGGAUCUGCUCUCCCAGUUCAUAUCCUUUGCGGAGAGCACGCUCAACUCACCCUCAGCACCCGCUCCACCGCCGCAGGCACCGCCUGCGGUGCAACGUUGUCCCGGCUUCUGUCUGCUCAACAUUAUGGCCGCCUUCUGUGAACGACCCUCGGUGCUCCUGAGCAAUCCCACCACCUGCUCCAAGGGCUCGGUGUGCUGUGACAAUUCGCGUGCAGGCGCGCCCAAGCCCAAGCUGCCGCCACCGACGCCGCCGCCCACAUCGUCGCCCACGGCGCCGCCCUAUGUGCUGCCCAAUACGCCGAGUCCGGAUCCGCGCGAGGAAUGUCCCGGCUCGUGCAUUGUCAGCCUGCUCAGCUUCACCUGUUUCAAAAACGCUGAGAUGACGGAUCUGUUUAGAUGCAAGCGCUCCGGCCAGAUCUGCUGUGCGCCCAAGAGCAAAAUCCUGGAGAAGCAACAGUUCCAGACACGCAACGACACCUCCUACUUCAACUAUCCGCCCAUGGGUCCACCGCCGCCGCCCUACGCCCCACAGCCGCCGCAGCAGCCGCCGCAAUCACCCUACGCGCCCUCCGGCUACAUGUCCAAUCAGCCGCCGCCGCCGCCGCCGCAUCUGACGCAUGGCUACCAGCCGGGAUUGCCGCCGCCCAGCUAUGCGGACUAUUACGGACCCGGUCCGGUACAGCAGCCGGCCCUGCCACCGGCGACAGCACCACCACCACCCCCACCCCCGCCGACGACGACGACGAGCACCACGACGACAACGCCACGUCCGCAUGUCUACUCCAAGUACGUGUGCGGGGUCAAGGGUACGCUGCGCACGGGUCGCUCCCGCAGCUCGCCAGCGCUCAACUAUGUCACAUACGCCCGCGCCAAGUACGGGCUGCAGCGAUCGGCCCGACAAUUGGCCAACUCCUAUGCCGGCAGCGGCGGCAGCGGCAGCAUUAACAAGUCCAACGAGCGUCUGGUGCUCGGCUCCGCCAUUGUGCCUAUCCAGAUACACAACGACAAGCUCGGCGACCUGGUGGACACCAGCGGCCUGCAGAGCAACCAGCUGCGCUCCUACCACGAUCAGCCCGACCAAGCAGCCGUUGUCUAUCCGGAAUACUAUCAGCGCAACAGCUACUCCAAUCCCGGCCAGCUGCAGGCGAACUACAGUCGCCGCCGGGCGCGCGUCGUCGGCGGCGAGGAUGGCGAAAACGGCGAAUGGUGCUGGCAGGUGGCGCUCAUCAAUUCCCUGAAUCAGUAUCUGUGUGGAGCGGCGCUCAUCGGCACCCAGUGGGUGCUGACCGCGGCGCACUGCGUCACCAACAUUGUGCGCUCCGGCGAUGCCAUCUAUGUGCGCGUGGGUGACUAUGAUCUGACCCGUAAAUAUGGCAGUCCCGGCGCCCAGACGCUGCGCGUGGCCACGACCUAUAUACACCACAAUCACAACAGCCAGACGCUGGACAAUGACAUUGCGCUGCUCAAGCUGCACGGCCAGGCGGAGCUGCGGGAUGGCGUCUGUCUGGUCUGUCUGCCGGCGCGCGGCGUCAGCCAUACGGCCGGCAAGCGCUGCACGGUCACCGGCUACGGCUACAUGGGCGAAGCUGGUCCGAUACCGUUGCGUGUGCGCGAGGCGGAGAUACCCAUUGUGAGCGAUGCGGAAUGCAUACGCAAGGUGAACGCGGUCACGGAGAAGAUCUUCAUAUUGCCGGCGUCCAGUUUCUGUGCCGGCGGCGAGGAGGGGCACGAUGCCUGCCAAGGCGAUGGCGGCGGUCCGUUGGUCUGCCAGGACGAUGGCUUCUUCGAGCUGGCCGGACUCGUGUCGUGGGGCUUCGGUUGCGGUCGGGUCGAUGUGCCCGGCGUCUAUGUGAAGGUCUCCUCCUUCAUUGGCUGGAUCAAUCAGAUCAUCAGCGUGAAUAACUUAUAGUGCACCAGCCCCAAGUCCCAAGGAAUCCCGCACUUGUAGCACCUUCCUGUCCGGGAAUGGACUAUGACUGAAUGGAUUCCGACUGCGGCUGCGAAUCUCUAACGACUGCUAACGUAAACCCAACCUAGUGUAAUCUACUCGUACAUAACUCACAUCCUACUAACUCACAUCCCCCGUCUCCCUCUCGUAGCGUAAAGGCAAUCUUUAAAAGUAUUUCCCCUGCCCCCCUCCCCU